CACCUUUACGAAGUAGAUUCGCCUUUUGUAAUCCAAUAUUUUUCAAAUACGUUUGGCAACAAUGUAACCGGCGUCCGAGGAUAAUUGUUUGAUUCGGUGCUGUCUGCAUUUGUUUCGAGAUCUUAAAGUCUGUCGUAUUGAACUCGGUGUAAAGGUUGAAAAGAGGCAAGUUCAAACAGAAUCAGACAUGAAAAGGCAUAGCAUUACUGCUAGACACUGGAUGUGAAGCUCAGAUGUAUUUGUAAUAGAGACCAAUUGAUGAGAAUGAGCAAAAUCAGCUCAGUGAGAAAAAACGGUUGAAGGUUGCGCAUGAAGGGGAAGAUGAACAAUUACUUAUUGAAAAUCAAUUAGAUGCAGGUUGUAGCAGUAGCAUCAAAGAAUCUAUGGAAUGCAUAGCUUCAGUUGAAGAUACUUUUUUAAAUAAUGGUACAAUAAAGAAAGAGGAUCAUUUGUUGAAUAAUAUGUGUGAAAAUGGUUCAUUUGACAUAGAUAAAAGUGAUUUUAAUAACUUUUCUAAAAAUUCCAAUGAAAAUUUGCUUAAUGGCUCAUCUGCAAAUUCUGAAUCUGAUGACUUAUGUGAAAGUACUCAAAUUAGUAAUAAUCAAUCACAAGAACAAACUAACAGAAAUCUUCAAACAGUAUCACAAGAACAAACAAUCAAAAUUUCUUCACAUGCCAACAACACAUUUUUGCAUACAGAUAACAGUGUGUCAUCUUCACUAAUGCAAGGAGAACCAACAAAAGAAAACACUGAUCAGUUAUCCUCUCAGACUGAUGAAAAUGAAUCUGAAAAUGCAGAUAUAAAGAUUAAAAGUUCUGAAAAAUUCACUUCAAGUGAUUUUUCAUCAGAAAAAUUAGUUCAGCAGUCGGUACCUCAGGAGCAAUCAUCAUCUAGUCAGGAAGUAUCUGCUCAUGAUAUGACAACAAAAGAAUUCAUUGAAAAAGUACUGAAACCACAGAAGAAACCAAAAGAUUUUGAGAUUGAAAAUAUAACAUCAUCUGAUUUAGAAGUGACACAGUUAGUGGGUCAUGCAGAUGUUAUCUUCAGUGUAGCAGUAGACGAAGAUUUUGUUAUUUCUUCCAGGUAA